AUGUCACCACAUGCGACACAGGAUACGGUUGUUCCUACGGGGACAAAUAACUGGUGGAAAGAAGCCACUGUCUAUCAGGUAUACCCGGCUUCCUUCUAUGACACCAACGGGGAUGGCUGGGGGGAUAUCCCAGGUGUUGUCAAAAAGGUCGAUUACCUUCAGUCGCUAGGGGUUGAUGUCGUUUGGCUAUCGCCGAUGUACGACUCACCCAUGCACGAUAUGGGCUAUGAUAUCUCCGACUAUGAGAAUGUUCUCCCUGCUUAUGGAACCGUACAAGAUGUGGAGAAUCUUGUGGAAGCGUGUCACUCGCGAGGCAUGAAAUUGAUUCUAGAUCUUGUCGUCAACCAUACCAGUGAUCAGCAUGCUUGGUUCCAGGAAAGUCGGAGCAGCAAGGACAAUGAUAAACGCGAUUGGUACUUUUGGCGCCCUCCUCGAUAUGAUGAGGCAGGAAAUCGGAUGCCUCCGAGCAAUUAUCGCGGUUAUUUUGCGGGAAGUACAUGGACCUGGGACGAGAAAACGCAAGAAUACUAUCUGCAUCUAUACGCCAAAGAACAACCUGAUCUCAACUGGAAUAACAAAGCCACGCGUGAGGCUAUCUACAACAGCGCAGUCCGAUUCUGGCUAGACAAAGGUGUCGACGGUUUCCGAGUGGACACAGUGAACAAGUACAGCAAGCAUACAAACUUUCCAGAUGCCCCCAUCACAGACCCGAAAAGUUACAUCCAACCCGCCAUCGGAAUGUGGUGCAACGGCCCCCGGAUUCACGAGUUCCUGCGCGAAAUGUAUGAAGAGUCAUUUGCUCCGUACGGGGAUGUCAUGACUGUGGGCGAACUAGCCAAUACACCUGAUCCCAAGAACGUCAUCGAAUAUGUGGGAGCAUCGGCUAAAGAACUUAGUAUGGUCUUCCACUUGGACAUCGGCCAUAUUGGCAUGGGACCCACCCUAGAGGAGAAGUACAUCUUUACGCCGUGGAAGUUGACAAAGAUGAAAUCCAUUGUGCAGAAGUGGCAGUCUUUUAUUGAGGGAACGGAUGGCUGGACCACCGCUUUCUGUGAAAAUCAUGACAACGGGCGUUCUGUCUCUCGAUUUGGAUCGGAUUCACCCGAGUUCCGGGAGAUCUCUGCCAAAAUGCUGGCUCUGAUGAUGAUUACUAUGACUGGCACUCUGUUCAUAUAUCAGGGACAGGAGAUUGGCAUGAUCAAUGCACCACGCGAGUGGCCCAUUGAGGAAUACAAGGACAUUGAAGGAUUGGGGUAUUACCGGGAAGCAGAGCAGCGCAGUGAGAGUGGAGCCGAUCCUACUCGCAAGGAGCAGAUCAUGGAUGGUCUUCGAAUCCUGGCUCGCGAUCAUUCCAGGCUGCCGAUGCAGUGGGAUGGCUCGGAACAUGCUGGUUUCACUACCGGGAAACCGUGGAUGCGAGCUCAUGAUCUCUAUGGUGAGAUCAAUGUGAAGAGACAGGAGAGUGAUGCAUCUAGUGUGUUGUCUUUCUGGAAAAACGUUCUACGUCUGAGGAAAGAGCACCGGGAGUUAUUCAUCCACGGUGCAUUUGAAGUACUUGACUACGAGAAUCAAGAGACGUUUUGUUUUGUCAAGUCGAGACAAGAUAAACGGGCAUUGGUCAUUCUGAACUUUACUAAUAGAUCUCAGCCAUUCACACAGGCUGCGAGUACUGCGGUCACUGCUUUCUGCGCUUUUGUGGUCACUCAAACCGGAUUUGCCGUGGAGCAUUCAUCUUUGGAAUUCUCUCGGGUUUUUUGUACCGAAGACUACCGAAAUUCCCUGAUUGAGGAAGCCACUGAAGCUCGAAAGCAUAUCGAUCCAUUCACGGAUCCUAUACGGCAAAGCAUUAUCAUCGCUUUCCUUCUGUAUGGAUGUCAUAUUGGACUUGGAAACCAACGGCAUGCAUAUUAUUUUCUCCGCGAAUCGACGACACUUUAUACAGCUAGCGCACUGGAAAGUCAAGCAUCAUCGGCGCAGGUGGAUGACGAUGACCCUUCCUUGGCAGGCAAAUUGUUUUGGCUCCUAGUCGUGUCCGAGAGAGCUCACGCUAUUCGCCGACAUAGACCUAUUACGCUACAGGUCACUCCCGAAAGCCCUCGAUUAGAAGACGACCCACUUCCAACUCAAUUGGAAGACAAUGUACUAGAAAAUGCAUCAGCCAUUGGCUUUCGGUGUCUGGUAAACCUCUACCGCCCAUUUGACGAAAGUUUUCUGAGCCAGUGGAAUGGAACGAAUGCCACAUGCUCGAUUGAGUCGCUGGUUCGCCUUGAGGAGCUUAUCCAAAGUGCAGUCCCGGCAGACCUUGAUCUGCCUGAUAUACUCAUGGCAGACUUGCGUGUGUCUCAGCAGUGGCUGCGUAUCAUGAUAUGGCAACUAUCUACAACUGCUGGGUUUCUUUCGACAAAGCCUAGUCAUGAAUGCAUGGAUUUUCGCUACCCCCUCCUAAUUGCUGAAGAUCUCUGCUUUGCGACAUGGAAAUUAUCCAGGCAGAGUAUGGAAACUCACGGAAUUGGUCUUAUUGAAAAAAUAUUUGAGGUGGCGUGCACCUUGAUUGAUGUCAUGGCAUGCCUCUCAACGGCUAGACUACGUUCUUCGGGCUUCAAGCUUGGCCCGCAGGAUUAUCUCAAGCAUUUCUUUACUCUCAUACACGACCUUCCCGGGGGCCGUCGAAGGCUUCUUCCCCUGUUACUUACCAAAAUAGGGCAAACUCUGCCAUCCAUGGUAGACCCUAUCACCGUUCAUCUCAAACUCCAACCCAGCCCCUUGGUUUCAAGCUCUACCAAUGAGGAAUCAUCAAUAUCCGCCAUUGCGAGAAGUGGCAACUCAAUUGAACAGCCCUCCACUGAAUUGGUUUCAGAGUCUGCGAAUUGGAUGAAUGGUAACUUCAACUAUGCGGAGAUGAGCCGCAUCGGUGAGAAAACACCAGAAAUUGAUGAGGCCUUUCUCCAAUACUCCAGUUACUUUCCCUGA